UUGACUCUUUGAACACAUGAAUGUUAUAGUAAAGUUUAGACGGUCUGGUUGAGCUUGUGUUUGUGAUUAGUGAUUAUUUUAUGCAGCCAGUAUGGAAGACGAUCUCGACAUAUCACUUCGAGAGCAGGUUUUCCACAAUGCAGUGCGAGAGUACAUUAUUACUUUGUUACUGUACCUCCUGCUCUAUGUUUGUUCCUACGUGACAAUCUGCCAGAUCAGAAAGAGAACAGACUCAGAAGAUAUGUAUGCUGGGGAUGAUGAUGCUGUUGUGUACAGAAUAUCUCUGUGGCUGUGUACGUUCACUCUGUCAUUCGCUGCUGGUGCCGUCCUUCUUCUACCAAUAUCGAUAGUCAGCAAUGAAGUGCUUCACCUGUACCCAGACAGCUACUACGUCCAGUGGUUAAACAGCUCGCUCAUACAGAGUUUAUGGAAUCAAAUUUUUCUCUUUUCAAACAUGGCUCUCUUUAUUUUGAUGCCGUUCGCAUUUUUCUUCACCGAGUCCGAAGGUUUCUCAGGUUCAAAAAAGGGGAUCAUGGCUCGCGUGAAGGAGACGGCGGUCGUGUUGUUUUUACUCGCAGUAUUAGUGCUCGGUCUGGCCUGGGUAGCCAGUGCAAUACUCAGUGACGACCAGCACAGCAAGCAGACAUUGUCAGAUGUGUGGCAUAUCUACCUUCCUUAUCUCUACUCUUGCAUAUCAUUUAUUGGGGUGCUUGUGUUACUUUUGUGCACCCCAGUUGGUGUGGCCAGAAUGUUUACUGUGAUGGGGCAGCUUGUUGUGAAACCAAAGUUUCUGAGAGAUAUUGAGGAUGAACUUUUUACCGUGAAACUUGAAGAGGAGAAUUUGAUCCGCAAGAUUAAAUAUGGGAACAAUGUGCCUUGUGAAAUAGCAAAUGGGCACACUGAUCCGGCAGUCUUAAGAGAACUUCUUCAGCAAACACAAACAGACAAAUUGGAACUAGAAAAGCGCCAGAGAGUGUCUUCACUGAGGAGAAACCUGUGCUAUCCAGUAGUGAUGCUUUUACUUUUAGCUUUAACAGUAUUUUGUAUCCUGACAGUUGCUCACAAUACAGUCAUGUUGUUAGUGGGAAUCAAAGCUCUUCCAGCAGAAGCAAAGGACACUGUGUUAGGAAUAUCAUCCUUGUCCAUGUUUGGAACGGUGGGAGCUGCAGUCCAGAUUUUACUCAUUUUAUACCUGAUGUCUGCGUCGGUGGUUGGCUUCUACAGUCUGCCGUUGUUCUGCAAGUUGCACCCACGUGUCCACGACACGUCGUUGGUGUCCAUCAUUGGCAACUGUGUCGUCAUACUAGUCCUCAGCUCAGCACUACCCAUCCUGUCAAAAACACUUGGUAUUACAAACUUUGACCUGAUAGGUAAUUUUGGCAGCAUGGACUGGCUUGGAAACUUCUAUAUUAUUUUUCUGUACAACGUGAUAUUCGCUGUCGGAACUGCGUUGGGUCUCGCCACCAAGUUCACGGCCACCAUUCGCCGUGAGAUCUACAAUCGGCUGAAAACGGCUUUCAGGCGAGACAAGCGGACGACACCUGGGUCAUCGGCCAGUGCUAGUGGGGGAUUGAAAGAAGAAUGAAUGUGGGAUGGAGAGACAGUAGUAGUGUGAAGUAAUGAUUGAGUGAGUUGGAUGAAUGAAUGUGAAUAAUGCAAUGAGAUUGUAUUGUGCAAUAUGUGUGGUAAAAGGGGGUCCAUAAAGUAUGUAUGCUAAUAAUCGCAGAUUUUUUUUACACUGUCUCUCUCUCAUAUAUAUUUUUCGUAAAAUAAAUCCAUCACCCAUUAAGUAUCAUAAACUUGAUUGUCGGUUGAUAUGGCUAUUAUGUGUGAGGUUGUUAUAAAAUUUCAGUUGUUAAUGCUUUCAAACUUGUGAGGUUCUUAAAAAAAAUAACCCUAAAUUUUGCAUACAAAAAUGCACUACCCAAUUUUCAGUUGUAAAUGCUUUCAGACUUGUGAGGUUGUUGUAAAAAACACACACUAACCUUUAUAUACAAUAAUUGGAUUAGUUGUUGCCUACCAGAAUGCAUUCAGUUAUACAAAAUCACUUAAAUGUUUUUUUUUCUUCUUGUGAUAUUCCAUUUUACAAGUUCUAGCAAUCAAACUCAAAGUGUAAGUUAGAUAUACAAUAAAGUACACAUAUAACGAACAUGCUUAGAACGAACUACUCCAUAGAACGAACUGAUGGUAAAGUCCCGUUUUAUCUCCCUAUACAUUAAUAAGCAGCUUAUGCAACUGUGUACAAGAAACUACUGUUAUAACGAACUAACUAUCAUGGUCUCUUACAGUUCAUUAUAAGAGUACUUUCCUGUACAGUCGAACCUGUCUUAAGCAGGCACACGGGAGUAAACAAAAGUGACUAUGUCAGACAGGUGACCACUUAUUAUGAGUAUAUUUACAUUAAAAAUCAUUUGGAAGAGAAAAAAAAAUGGCCCCUUUACGGCAGGUGACCACUGAAUACAGGUGGCCACUAGGACAUGUUUAACUAAUUAAAAAGUGCAAUUGUGUCCAUUUUAUACCUUAAAUUUAAGCCAUAAAAGAAUUUAUAGAAGAUAAUUUAUUAAUAAAACAAUAGAAUUUGUCAAUAAAACAAUAGAAUUUAUUAAUAAAACAAUUUAAACAGUCAUUUUUGAACUAUUGGUACAUAUCAGUAAAUCCUCAUCCCCCCUCCCCGGGGGGGAGGGGGGGAGGAUAGCCCAGUGGUACAGCGCUCG